UCACAUGACCAUGUUUCCCGGAAAGUAGCGAGCGAUCGCUGGCACUCCCCAGGCUGGACAAUGUCUCAGUUAUAACAGGGAGAGUACACUGACAGGGCAGUGUGUUGGAGCGGUUCCCCGGACACUGCAGCCCCGGCGGGAUGGAGGCGCUGCCUCCCGGUGCUGUGCUGUGUGCUGCCUUCCUCACUGUGUUGGCGGGGCUCGCUGUCCACUUGUUCGCUGACUAUGUCCGUAAGUGGAACCAGAUGAGGCGGAUCCCUGGGCUCAGCCCGACCUACCCGAUCCUGGGGAAUGCGCUGCUCUUCAAACCAGGCGGAGAAGACUUUUUCCUUCAACUGAUUGAAUUUACCACCAAGUGCAAAGACGAACCACUCAUGAAAUUAUGGUUGGGACCACUACCCUUCGUUGUGUUGUUUCAUGCAGAGACUGUAGAAGUCAUAUUGAGCAGUUCCAAGCACCUUGAUAAGUCCUAUGCAUACAAGUUUCUUCACCCUUGGCUUGGUACAGGACUAUUGACAAGCACAGGAAAUAAAUGGCGUGCAAGGAGGAAGUUAAUAACCCCAACAUUUCAUUUCACAAUUCUGAUGGAAUUUCUGGAGGUUAUGAAUGAACAGGCCAGUAUAUUACUGGAAAAAUGGGAGAAGAAAGUGGGAAAGGGACCUUUUAACUGCUUCAGUGAUGUCACUCUUUGUGCUUUGGACAUCAUUUGUGAAACUGCUAUGGAUAAGGGAGUCUCUGCUCAGAAUAACAGUGACUCGGAAUAUAUUCGUGCAAUUUAUAAGUUGAGUGAUUUGAUCCACCGCAGACAGAAAAUGCCUUGGUUUUGGCCUGACUUCCUGUUCAACAUGUUCGGUGAAGGAAAGGAACAUGACAAAGCCCUCAAAAUUCUGCAUGCCUUCACUGAAAAGGUGAUUAUGGAGCGGUCUCGUAAAAUGGAAACCUCUGAAGAAUGUAGUCAUUCUGAUUCAGAUUCUGAAUCGCGGAGGAAGAAGAAGCGUAAAGCAUUUCUUGACCUGAUUCUCAGCGCAACAGAUGAAGAUGGAAAGAGACUGAGUCAGCAGGACAUUCGGGAAGAAGUGGACACAUUCAUGUUUGAGGGGCAUGAUACCACAGCAUCUGCAAUAAACUGGACACUUUACCUCUUGGGAACCCAUCCCAACAUACAGAAGAAAGUUCACGAAGAGCUGGAUGAUGUUUUUGGUAGGUCCGAUCGUCAUGUUACAAUGGAAGAUCUGAAGCAGCUCCAGUUUCUGCAGUGUGUUAUUAAGGAAUCUCUGCGCUUAUUCCCUCCUGUUCCGAUUUUUGGACGCACUCUGCUUGAGGACUGCUAUAUUGGAGGCUUUAAGGUACCAAAGGGAGUCAACGCUAUGAUCAUUCCUUAUGCUCUGCAUAGAGAUCCCAAACAUUUCCCAGAACCUGAGGAAUUUAGGCCAGAGCGAUUUUUACAAAAUUCAAGAAAAGUUAAUCCCUAUGCAUUUAUUCCAUUUUCUGCUGGAGUUCGAAACUGCAUUGGCCAAAAAUUUGCACUAAUGGAGGAGAAGGUGAUUUUGUCAUCAAUUCUUCGGCGAUUCCACGUAGAAGCGCAACAAAGCCGUGAGGAACUUCAUAUGGUGGGUGAAUUGAUUCUGCGCCCACAAAGUGGCAUCUGGAUAGAGCUUCACCACAGGGCAGAAUAAAUGGCAUCAGGAGCAGCAUGACCAAUGAGAACACCAGUAAAAAUUCAUUUUGUAAUUCUCCUUUGCAAACUGAUGGAUAAUCAUUUUAUGAAUUGAUAAUGUUCUUUACUUUUGUAUGUGUAUUGUCUUUAGAUUAUUCUCAAGCUGCUAUGUGCUAGUAGCCUUAAAACGUAUAAUACUGUUUAUCUAUAUUGUUGUCGGACUGGAUUCUAAUGUGCUUUUAAUUUGCACUUUCUACUGUACACAAAACAGAAUCUUUACAAGGAUAUUGCUGUUAAUUUUCUGGUAAAUCAUUCUGCUGUAAAGCAUUGUUACCGUCCAGCAUACUUCAAAGAUGGAAAGAGAACUUUAAUUGGCAAAGGAACUGGGUAACUACAAUGUCAUAUCUGUUCGGAUGAUGCUACCUUCCAAGGCAGUGUUGCUGAAAUGGCUUCUGUCUUCUGUAACGGUGGUUUCUUGACCGCUGUGGUUUUUAGGUCAGAUGUAGCUGAGGGGCCUAUCACCCAUGCCUCCACCCCUGCCCCUUCCCAUCACUCAGCAGUGGGAUCGGGUCCCCCUUGUUCUCACUUUUUUUCAUCCCACCAGCCUCUGCAUUCAAAGGAUCAUCCUUCACCAUUUCAGAGAACUCCAACAGAAUGCCACCACCAAACACAUCAUCUCCUCGUUUCCACUGUCUGCAUUUUGCAGGGGCGUUCCCUCUGGAAUACCCUAGUCCAUUCUUGAAUAAUGGCCAACACUUCUCUCCCUUCCCAUGGCACCUUCCCAUGUCACCACAGAAAGUGCAACAUUUGUCCCUUCACCUCUUCCUUGCAGAUGAAGCAGCAUUUCACCUGUUCCUCCUCCGAUCUGAUCUAUUGCAUUCGCUGCACCCAAUGUGGCCUACUCUACGUUGGAGAAACCAAACACAGAAUGGGUGAUUGCUUUGCAGAACAGCUCUGCAAGCAGGACUCUGACCUUGCCAUAGCCAGUCACUUCAACACAUUCUCCAGCUUGCAUGGCCACAUGUCUGCCCUCUGCAUGCUGUAAUACUUGAGCGAAUCACAGCGCAAACUGGAAGAACAACAUCUCAUCUUCAGACUGGCACUUUGCAACCUUCUGGAUUUAAUCUGAAGGCGCUAAACUCAAAAUUGUGAACUAACUCCCAUUUGUUCCCUUUUGCUUUAAUUAUUACAUUCUCUGUCACCAUGUCCUCUUUCCUCUUCCUCCACUCCAGUGGGAUUGUCUGUUCUUUCCAGUUUGACAGUUAGACACAUCACUUUGCUGUUCUCACAUUCUGAUCACAUAAUCUGAACUAUCAACCCCCCUUUCUCCCCCGGUGGUCCACCCCACUGUUGCAUAAAUGCUGCCCCCUCCAAACUUCAUGUCAACUCUAAUGAGGAGGCAUUGAGAAUCAAAAAUUCAGUAUGCCCCCUCUCCAUGGAUGAUGCCAGACCCGAUGUGAUUUUUUUUUUAUUUUCAAUAUUCUCAAUAUUACAGUUUGACUUUUUGUUUCCCCCAACACUUAGUUUUCUUUAUGCAUUUGCUGCUUUGCCAUAUAAUCACUCUGGGGGUCCCUGAAACAAACAAAUUAGUACAUUUCUUUUAAAAACGUUAUUAAAUUACCUUGAGUGAUACUGAAUAUUCCAGCCCAUCAAUUAUCUUUUCUGUUGAAAUGAAUGGCAAUUAAAAUUGGAUGAAGUGUAAUAAAAAUAGAACUUACUUGAGAUUGUCCAUUUUCCCCACUUAGAACUGCAGCUAUAUAAACAUCCAAGUUAAAAUCAACCAUCAGGCACAAGAAUAUCAUUCACCUUGGGUGCUCAUAAGUUGGCUGACCAACUUACACUGUACCCAAUAAAAACUGAAAGAACUGCAGAAGCUGUGAAGAGAAAUCAGUUCUGAAGAAGGGUCACUGGACCCGCAACAUUAACUUUGAUUCCUCUUCACGGCUGCUGGCAGACCUGCUGAGCUUUUCCAGCAACUUCUGUUUUUCUUUCUGAUUUACAGCAUUUACAGCAAAUACGGACACUCAAGUAAGUAGAGCAUACAAAUUGAACAAUUUAAACUGCUGGUGUCUCAGAGCUGAUAUAUUGAAAAGAAAUGAGUAUUCUUCCUGUUAUUGGAGUUCAUGGGUUGUCUGAACGAAUCAGAAUAAGCGCAAAUUAUGAAAAAAUGCAGAGAUAUCAAAUUCAAUGUACUAAUUUUUAAUAUUGAAUAUUUUCAGCUGUAUCAACUUGUGUUUAGAUUGAAAACACAUCCGUGAACAAUAUUGUGACCAACCCCAGCUUUCUUGCGAGCUGGCUAUUUUUAAAUAAAGAUACUAAAUGAUGAAA